GAAUGGCGGACAAGGCUUGCUAACGCCCUGGUCGCAUCAACACUCGCUUGGCAGAGCAACAGUGUAUAAAGACAGUAUCUCAGUCCCAGCCAGAUAAAUCAGAUACCAAACAUUUCUUUACUUUGAGCCGCAGUCAUGGCGUUCAUUGAUGAGAAGGUGACCGAUAUCCAGUACGCUGCCAGCAGCGACGAUGAAGUCUUGGAUAGUCAAAAGGAGUGGACCCGCGAGGAAGAGCGCGCAGCCAAGUGGAAGUAAGCCUUGUUCCUGUUGCCGAUGAUUCUAAGCACACACUGAUUUGAGCUUUAGGUUGGACUUGAUCAUCAUGCCUAUUCUCACCCUUGGCUUCUUCUGCCUGCAACUUGACCGUGGAAACAUUGCUAACGCCCUGACUGACACCUUGCUCAAAGAUGUCAAGAUCGACCAAGAUCAAUUCAAUGUCGGCCAGCAGAUGUUGUCGCUUGGCAUAGUGCUCUUCGAAAUCCCAUCCAACAUGAUCUUGUACCGAUUGGGCCCUGGUAAAUGGUUGACUAUGCAAUUGUUCUUUUUCGGUCUUGUCAGCACCUUCCAGGCUUGGAUGCACGACUACGGCUCCUUUAUCACUACUCGUCUCCUCCUCGGUAUCACCGAAUGUGGCUUCAUUCCCGGCGGCCUUUGGACUCUCUCCACAUGGUACACUCGCAAGGAAACUGCGAAGCGCGUCAUGUUUUUUUACUUCGGCAAUCAAUUCGGUCAAGCAUCGGCUAAGCUUCUCGCCUACGGCAUCCUUCAUAUGCGAGGUGUUGGUGGAAAGCCAGGAUGGUUCUGGCUCUUCGUCAUCAUGGGUAUCUUCACUCUUGCAAGCGGUUUCAUCUUUGGCUUCUUCCUCCCCGACUCAUUUAAGAACCCCCAUAGCACUUUCGCACCGAAGUGGCGCAUCUUCACCGACCGCGAGAUCUACAUCUUACAGACUCGUGUCGUGCGCGACGACCCUGCCAAGGGAAGGAAAAAGACCAGCAUUGGACUUCCUGCGUUCAAGAAAGCUUUUGGCAACUGGCGUCUCUGGCUUCACUUCUUCAUCUCCUUCGCCAACAACGGACCUCAGCGCGGAUUCGACACCUACGCGCCAUCGCUCGUGUCCGAGAUGGGCUUCGGUGCCUUGACUGCCAACGCUAUGGCCUCAGUCGGUCUUUUCGUUCAGAUUCCUGUUGCCUUCCUCUUCAGUGUUGUCUCCGACAGAUUCGACAAGCGUGGCGAGACGGUCAUUGUUGGUCUUAGCAUGGCCACUCUCGGUUAUGUCUUCAACCGCAUCUUCACCGAGAUUUCUAUUCAAGGAGUGCGUUACUUCGGUGUCGUCUGGACUCAGACUUUCGGCACCUUCUCUCACCCUCUCAACAUCACAUGGAUGUCUCUUACCUGCACCGACUCCGAGGAGCGUGCUCUAGCUAUGGCAAUGGUCAUCAUGGGUGCCAACAUGGCUGGUAUCUACGGUGCCCAGAUCUUCCGCUCCGACGAUAAGCCUCGAUAUCGUCGUGCUUUUGCCAUUGGCAUCGGUGUUUUGGCCUUCGGUACUCUUUGCGCGAUUGCUCGAAAGGUCGAUGAACACUUCCGGGGCCGACAAGGCAAGGUUGCCAACGAGAUCGAGGGGGAAGAGGCCACUGACAACGGACGUUCCAACUCGGUCCCGCCCAGUGAUGUUCAGCCAGCGCCUCUCAUCGUCGGCGACGGGUUGAAGGUGCAGAACACCGUGGCCACGCGACCAUGAUCGCAUGCUCGGUGAAUCGUGGAGGUUUUUCACGUCAGAUCAGAAUACCCAUGAUAACGAAUGCGUUGUUUCGAAUUUCCCAGUCGUUCCAUUCAAUCAGCAGUGCACCAGAACCCCAGCUCGGUGGUGCGAUCAUGUUCUACGUCGCAAUUCAUUUGUCGCCCCGUAGUCUUCCCUUGCACAAAUGACAACCGCCAAGCACUAAAACCACCAUCCUGCAUCAGCCAAGCCGCAAACAUCUGUCAGCAGAAUAGAACUCUGCUUAACUACACCGCAUUACAUCCACUCA